AUGUCGAAUUCGAACCAAGGAGGGAAACGGCAGGGCCCAAAUACCGCUUUUCAGAGUGCACCGGCAGCACAGAAUGUGUUUGGCCCCAAUAUUCCUGCCUCUGUAUAUCCUAAAGAUUCGGUUAAGGAUGUAGCAGAGUCGCUAGGUAUUACAAAUCUACGCGACAACAUUGCUAUGGCGCUAGCGACCGAUAUUGAGUAUCGUAUCCGCGAUAUUGUCCAAAGUGCAUCAAAGUAUAUGAAGCAUGCUAAGCGAAGCCGCAUGACAACAUCAGAUAUUGAUAAUGCACUUCGACAGAAAAACAUCGAGCCAUUGUAUGGAUUCUUUCCGCCAUACACAGGAGGCAAGAAGCAAGUUCCAUGGUUCCGCAGCAUACCUACGCCAUCAGGAACUCCUCUAUAUGUCACGGAAGAUGAAGAAAUCGACUUUGACAAGAUUCUCGAGAAUGGCCCUCGUGUAGGUGUGGGCCGUGGGGUAGGCUGGCAUGCGCAUUGGCUCGCCAUUGAAGGCAUUCAGCCCCCUAUUCCCGAGAACCCAGUCUUCCUGGCGCGCAAGGCUGCGAUUGCUGAGGAAGCUCUACCUGAUACUGUCGAAGCUGCAGCAGACCUUGGUAAUGUGGCAGUCAAGCCACUGGUAAAGCAUGUGUUGUCACGCGAAUUGCAGCUGUACUACGAACGACUCACUUCUUCCAUUUUGAGUCCACCCGCAGAUGCCAAAGCAACAGACAAUGCUACAUUGCCCGAUGAUGCCAAGUCACUCUCUGAAUUUGCACAGAUUUCAAGCGGCAACCUUGUGCGUGAUGCGGCACUGGCAAGUCUGCGUGGCGAUGCAGGUAUCCACCAGCUUGUUCCGUACUUGAUCCAAUGGGUGGGAUCCAAUGUAACGCAUGCUCUACGUGCCAGUAGCCAGGCAGGUGGCGCCGACACGGAUGCAACACAGACGAUCCAGUUACUGCAUACGAUGCUAAGCACAUUGCAUGCCUUGUUGAUCAAUCCGUCAAUUUUCAUCGAGCCUUAUCUCCACCAGCUCCUUCCAUCAGUUCUAUCCAUUCUCUUAGGCUCGUACUUUGGCUCUUCGGAUAACGAGAAGCUGGAGACCUUAGCGAUGAGUCUGCGCGUCUAUGCGGCGUCGCUGCUGGUUUACGUGGUGGACCGCUUUGCCGACAGCUACCCGACACUGAAGUCACGCCUCGUCGCCACACUCCUUCAAGCCCUGGUUGAACCGAUGGAUGACGGCACAGCUUCCAAUGCUCUGGAAGCGUCUGGCUCUGUGGAGGCCAAGCUCGGUGCAUUGGUCGGUUUGCGGAAACUGGGCCCGUCGAGCUUCAAAACGUUGCUGGGACCGAUUGGUGUGCUUACAGGUACUCUGUCGACGCAGGAUGCCGAACUUAUCCCCAUUCAGGUCAUGGGCGAUUGGCUGGGUAAGACCCAACAGAGUGAGCAGAUCCAACAGUGGGCCUUGAACCGCCUGGUGGAAGAGGUGAAGACAAGCUUGGCAGAGUUGGGAAAAGAUGCCAAAAGAAAGGUUUAG